CAAAAAGUGGAAACGUGAAGCAGAACGACGCGCAGAAUCGAGAGGAACGGAGACCCAAGCGGCGCGUGCUGCGCUCGCUAACCCCCGCACGCCCCCCGCUUUCGAACAUUCCAAACUCCGUCCAAUUCUGACCUUUAUUCUCGAUCAAGGAUGGCUCUCACUCAGGUCUCCUCCAACAAGUGCGCCGGCGGCUUCCAGAAGGUUUUCGAGCAUGAAAGCGUGGAGCUGAAGUGUAAGAUGAAGUUCGCCGUCUACCUGCCUCCUAAAGCUGAAACCGACAAAUGUCCCGUCCUGUACUGGCUCUCCGGCCUGACCUGCACAGAGCAGAACUUCAUCACCAAGGCGGGCAGUCAGCUGCCUGCUGCAGAGCACGGCCUCAUCAUCGUGGCUCCAGACACCAGCCCGCGCGGCUGCGGCAUCGAGGGCGAGGACGAGAGCUGGGAUUUCGGCACAGGAGCCGGCUUUUACGUGGACGCCACUCAAGAGCCGUGGAAGACCAACUACCGCAUGUACUCCUACGUCACGGAGGAGCUGCCCAAGCUGAUCAACGCCAACUUCCCCACCGUGCCAGACAGGAUAUCCAUCUCAGGGCACUCUAUGGGCGGACACGGAGCGCUCAUCUGCGCCCUGAAGAACCCCGGGAGAUACAAGGCUGUGUCGGCGUUCGUCCCCAUCUGUAACCCCGUCCAGUGUCCGUGGGGGCAGAAGGCCUUCGGGGGGUACCUGGGCUCUGACAGAUCCACGUGGGAGGCGUACGACGCCACCGUGUUGGCGGCGGCGUACUCGGGCCCCCAGCUCGACAUCCUGAUCGAUCAGGGCCGCGACGAUCAGUUCCUGUCCGCCAGCCAGCUUCUGCCCGACAACCUGAUCGCCGUCUGCUCCGAGAAGAAGAUCCCCGUGGUCUUCAGGCUGCAGCCGGGCUACGAUCACAGCUACUUCUUCAUCUACUCCUUCAUGAGCGACCACAUCAAGCACCACGCCAAAUACCUGAACGCCUGAGCUGCUGGGGUUCUGCCGCCGCUGCUCCGCCUUCUUAAGCCCAGAUUGUUGUGAUCCCGGGUUUUUCCUAAGUUUUCAAUAAACACUUGAUGCUUUCAAAAUAAAAGCCUUCAUCUGGUA